UUAAAAUUUUAAGCAAUACUGCUUUCAUAACUUUUUUUUUAUCAAAAAUGUAGAUACCAUGAUCUGAUAGAAAACCCUAGAUUUAUUCUUUCUAUGGCAUAUUUUCGACAAAAGAGCACAUCAAAAAAUGCAACGAAAAAAUCGGAUGAAGCUGUAAAUUAUUUAAAUUUAUUUUAAAAAUAUUUUGAGUAAUUUUAAAUAAUUACCGAUAACUUUGGAUAACCGAUAUAAUUGGAUAAAGCGGAUAACAUCCAAUAAUAACAAAUAACGGAGUAAUUUACAAACAUAGCGUUUAUAAAGCGAUAAAUAGCUAAUAAUUAUGGAUAAUCCAGUAUAUGAAAAUGAUCAAUUGGACAAUAUUGUUCCGUUACAAAAAGAUGGAAAAAUAUUAAAAGAUUUUUAUGAACAGGAUCAAUUGCAUAAAGAAUUUCAUUUUAUUCAAGCUAAAAAACUUAACGUUUCUGAAGAAUUGAAAAAGAAAGUAAAAAAAUUUAGUUGUAUAAAAAUUUUGUCAUCAAUAUUUCCAAUAAUAACAUGGCUAUCACAAUAUUCAAUAAAAGAUGAUUUAAUGAGUGAUAUUAUAUCGGGUUUUACUGUUGCAAUAAUGCAUAUACCACAAGGAAUGGGAUAUGCUCUAUUAGCUAAUGUACCACCAAUUGUUGGGAUUUAUAUGGCAUUCUUUCCAGUUUUAUUAUAUAUAAUAUUUGGUACAUCAAGACAUAAUUCAAUGGGAACAUUUGCAGUUGUAUCAAUUAUGGUUGGCAAAAUUGUUAUAACAUAUUCCACAGAUUUGCAACAUAAUAAUAACAAUAAUUUUGCUACGUUGAAUAGUAAUAAUAAUAAUGAACAUAUUUUAUUGAAUGUAGCCGUAAAUAAAACAAUGAUUACAAGUUAUGAUCCAAUAUCAGUGGCAGUGACUGUAUGUUUUGCAGUUGGUGUAUUACAGUUGAUUAUGUAUAUAUUACGACUUGGAAUUAUAAGUUCGUUGUUAUCGGAAGCUCUUGUAUCAGGACUUACAACUGGAGCUGCAAUUCAUGUUUUAACAUCCCAAAUUAGAGAUAUUUUUGGAUUAACUUUCCCAAAGCCAUCAGGAUAUUUUCAAGUUAUUUAUACCUAUAUUCGAAUUUUCGAAGAUUUUGUUAAUAUUAAUUGGAUAGCAACUGGAAUGUCAACUGCAACUAUAUUACUACUCUUAUUUAAUAAUGAAUUUUUAAAAAAAUAUGUUUCAAAACGUUCCAAUAUUCCGAUUCCAGCUGAACUAAUUCUAGUUUUAGCUGGAACAUUGAUGUCAAAAUAUUUACUUCCUGUGGAUAGUGUGAGGGUGUUAAACCAUAUACCAACGGGAUUUCCAGAUUUUAAAGUUCCAAAUUUUGAUUUGGUUCAAAAAGUUUUCUUAGAAAGUAUACCAGUUGCAAUGGUGUCAUAUGCAAUUUCAAUUUCAAUGGCGUUAAUAUUUGCACAAAAAUUCAAAUACAGUGUUAAUGGAAAUCAAGAAUUACUAGCCAUGGGAAUAUCAAAUAUAUUUGGUUCAUUUUUUUCAUGUUUACCAAUAUCAGCUUCUCUGUCAAGAUCUGUAAUACAACAGACAGUUGGUGGAAAAACACAAAUAGCUUCGCUUGUAUCAUGUGGUCUUCUAAUUGUGAUUUUAUUAUGGAUUGGGCCAUUUUUUGAGCCACUUCCGAGGUGUGUUUUAUCUGGAAUUAUUGUUGUUUCGUUAAAAGGAUUGCUCUUACAAUUGACACAGUUUUUUGAUUUUUGUAAAUUAAAUAAAUUGGAUGCAUUUGUAUGGGCCAUAACAUUCUUAACAGUAGUUUUGAUAGCAAUUGAUAUUGGUUUAAUAAUUGGAAUCAUACUCAGUUUAGGAUGCAUUUUAAUUGGUAGCAUGAAGCCUAAUGCAUGUCUUUUAGGUCACACAAAUGCUGAUUUAUUUUUAGAAAUCGAUCGUUUUAAAGGUGCUACAGAAAUUCCACGUGUAAAAAUUGUGAAAUACAACGGAAGUAUUAAUUUUGCAAAUAAAAGCGUUUUAAAAAGUUCUAUUAAAACGCUACUGCAACUUGAUAUUACAAAACAAAUUCAACGUUUAAAAAAAUCUGAAAAUUCUUCAAAAAUGCAAAUAAAUUCAAAUAAUUUCGAUUUAAUUAUAUUUGAUUUUUCAUCUCUGAAUUUUAUUGACCACUCUGGUGUAAAAUUUUUGAAAUCAUUGAUUGAUGAUUUAAAAUUACUUGGAAUCGAUGUCUAUAUAAGUGGUAUAUCAUGUAAGGUCUAUGAUACCAUCAAAAAAUCCAACAUUAUUGAAAAUAAUGAAUUGCCAAUAUUUCCAACAAUUCAACACGCAGUUAAAUAUAGUAAAAAUGUAAUGAAAUAUGUUUAGAAAUUAAAUUGAAUAAUUCUUAUUUAAUAAUAUUGUUAUUGAUGAUAUAUUUUUUUUAA